GACCAAUGAAAGUAGAGGGGGGAGGGAGCUCGCGUGCACGGCUCCCUGCUCCCUCAUCGCAUCCUUUGAGCGGCCUCUCUUGAGUCAAAUACAAGAAAGAAACAAGACAGAGGCGGGGUCAGCUGGUCCUUGUGGGCCAUCGGAGGACCCGAGGGGGAUCCGUGGAGGCUGGCGGGAUCGAGCAACGUCGGCGUGCGACUCCAUCCGCUGAGAAAAUGGCUGCUUUUCAGUGUAAACAGGCUGCGCAGGACCUGCAUUGCUAGAGGGAGGAGGGGCAGACGUUGGAGGAAAUGUCGCCUCUCCCAAUGAAAUCCUUCCCUUUCCAGCUAGCCCCGGCCUGCCGCUGUUCACCUUUGAACCCCAGCAUGUUUUACAUGCAAGCCUCAUCAGUUCCUCUGUAGACCCCAGACGAGCAUGAAGACAUCAGCAAUGAAACACACUAAAGACUGAGUGAAAAACCUCAUUCAAUAUAUAUAAUAAUAAUAAUAUAGUCACCAUCCAACUGAUCAUGGCGCUGCCUACAGCCAAGACAAGCCCAAGUUUUAUAUCCCCAGCUGCCACCGCCGCUGCCACCAGCACCGUCCCCCUCCUGUCCUCCUCCAGCGCAAUGGGAGACAAUGUCACUUCCACAACGGCAUUAAUGACUGUCACCUUCACCACCAACGAAACCGCUUUCAACACCACCGCAUUCCCGGAGGCGCUGAUUGAGGGCUCGGGAAUGGGAAUGGUGCUCGUCCCCUUUGGCAUCAUCACUGUCAUCGGCCUGGCGCUCGCUUUAUUGCUGUACAUUCGUAAAAGGAAGCGUUUGGAGAAGCUGAGGCACCAGCUCAUGCCCAUGUACAACUUCGACCCAGCUGAGGAACAAGACGACCUGCUGGAACAGGAACUGCUGGACCACGGCCGGGAAGGAACCCUCGCAGGGCCCAAUGCAAAGUUUUGACAAUGGCAUGGUAGAAGGUAAAAGGCAAACAAUGACGCUCCGAAGCACCCAGGGGACCACUCAGAGACCCAGUCGCCUGGUCUUCACUGACGUAGCCAAAGCUCUCAAUGCUUAACACAGCUCUUCCAUUUGCUCAUGACACUUUGUGCAACCCUUCUAUCUAUAGAAGGGUCACUCAGGAGAGAAAAUAAAGGGACACAAAGUGAAGAAAUGGUGCAUGUAUUACCACAAAGUGUCACUCAUGGUCUUGCAAUGUUACCACUCGGCACACAGAUGCAACGUGAUGCACUUUUCCUUAAGUAUUUUAGUGGUGUUGUUCAAUUAUUUCUCUUUUAUUGUGAUCUUCCUCAACACUGGAUGUCUUAUCUGUACGUCUUCCUCGGUGUGCAAUGAAUGAGUGGGAAUACAUUAAAAACUCUUCAAUUUGUUGCA